UACACCUUAAAGUUUGUGGCAUUAUUGAUCCAAGUACCAAUGGACUACACCAGAAUAGCUUUACAGUUUGGAACAAAAGUCCCAGUUUUAGAUGAAAAGGAGACCUGUCGACAAGGAGACCUCAAGCAGCUCAUUAUGUGGGGAAUUAAGAACAAUGUGAGCUGGUCUUUGAGUACAUCACUGAUCGAUAUCCUCCUGGACAUCUUCCUCCCUCAAGAUCAGUCAGCAUUCAUGCAUCCAGGACCCGAAUGCCAGACACCUCCCAGUGCUCCCUCCCAACGCAGCAUUUCAUAUGCAGAAAAUAGCACUAUGAAUUAUUAUGACACCCUGUGUGAUAGCUACAAUCUGGCCACCAUCAACGACACAAUGUGUGCUGACAUCCUCUCGAGUUCAGGAGUAGAGUCUUCCACGCCUGUGGUCACAUUUUGCGAGGCUCUAAGCUCCCUCAGCUCCAACCAAAUUAAGAAUGUGUGGAGCAACAUGUGUUAUGUUAUUCAAACACUGGCCUCUCCACUUGUCAGCAGGUCAUCUGACUGCAGUUUUGACAAUGCAGGGCCGGCCCCUGCCGCCACCCCUCUCCCUAAACCUCGUCGAGUUGCCAGGGAAGCCUCCAACCUCAAACAACUUGCAUGCAACUACAACGACUGGUUGCAAAAUGAUGUGGACCCUGUCCUUGUGUCACUGUGCAGUGACAAUGAACAUGUGGAGUUUGUGAAGCAGGUCUGUAGCAAUGCUGUGUUGAUGCGGAAGCUGCUCUCUGACAAGAUGAACAGCUGGUUGUAUGGAUACUGCGCUAACUCCUCUGCAGACCACGGUUACAUGGUCAGUGAGUUCUGCCAGUAUGACCAGUGGCUUAACAAAUUCACAAACAUGGUGGAUACCUCCCUGCUGGUGUUCUGCAUGAGCCUCGACAGUGUCAGACUGACCGAACUCAUCUUUCAUGCCUAA